GAAUUUCCCUGUACUUUCUUAACUUGACUGGUCUUGAUCUUAUUGAACCCAGACAGACUAUAUAUAUGCUUCUAUCCAUUUCAUAAGCUUCUCAUUUACAAAUCUCUUAAAAAAAAAUUAGGCAACUGAUGCAAGAAAAAUCCAUGUCAACAAUCACGUCGUCCACCGAUCUUUGGAGCUCGAGAAGUCGUGUACUUGUAAUUCCUCAGAGAGUUCAUCGGAAUUUGUUUUCUAUAACGGCAAUAAAACCUCAGCAGGGAUUCACAGCCAAUCCUUCGUUGUUGUCUCUCUCAAUAGGCCAGAGGAGUAGUGCUCUUAGCAGAAGCGAUGCCAAGAUGAACAAGAUUGUAUGCAAUGUUUCAGGAGUUCCAACUCCUUCUGGAGCACCUUCACACUCUUGGGGCUGGAUGAUAGGGAUGUUAUUGACAGUGGUUAUACCCUUUUGGAGGCACAAAUGGGGGCCCUUGCAAAUAAUUAAAAAUAAGGUGGACAUGGUAAUGAACACAGUUGAAGUAGUGGCGGAGGUGGUCGAAACGGUGGCCCAUAAAGUGGAGGAGGUGGCGGAUGGAAUAGCUGAUAAACUUCCUGAAGAUGGAAAGCUUAAAGCGGCAGUUGAAGCAGUUGAAGCCAUAGCUAAAGAAACAGCCAAAGAUGCUCACAUGGUGGAUAAGCUAAUUGAGAAUGUUGAGGCAGCGGAAGAUAAGGUUGAAGACUUCUUUGAGUCGGCCAUGCAUGGAGCUGGAGAUCAGGGGACCAAAGUCGACGACGAUGGUGGUGAACAAGGAAAUGUAGAAGAAAAGAAAAUCGAAUGAUUUUUGGGAUUGAUUUUUGAAAGCAGAUGAACAUCCUUAUAAAAUCCAGAUGUACAUCUGUAGCUGUACAAAUUAAGGAUCGAGUUGGAUAUUGUAUGAUUGCUUGUAAAAAUUAAAUUCAUUGGUUAUUUCAUUCUUUUUAUAAUAAGAAUAUAAUAUUAUUCAUUUCUAUA